AUGACCGACUCUGCGCCGACUCCUUCACCUUUGCGGGAUUUGAGUAACACUUCGGACCAGCCGAGCUCAACAAGGCCAGAUCCUGUGACGGUUUCAAGCGGUACCCCAUUGGCCUCCCCGUUUCCUUCUCCUACUAGACACAAACAUCCAGAACUCGAUGGCCAGGAAGACAAGGCGAAGGUUGUGAAGGGACGGGGGCCCUUAGAUGAUUCGCAGCUCCUGCAGGAGAAUGCUAGUCAGCCCCGGGACAGCGAAGGUAAAUCUCGUCUACAGUACGUCAGUGGUGCGGGCGAAGGGUCGGAUAAUGGUUUGUGGGAUCAGUCCGUAUCGCCAGGUCUUCGGCGCCCGAAUGGACUGGUUGACAGUCAGCGGCCGUCACUGGAACAUAACCAACAGCAGCCCUCAACUCCUGGAGCAGCUACUCCCUCUCGUCGUCCGAGCGUUCAGUUCACCCGCGAUGCGUCCGACGUUGACCCUUCCGCUGAAGCGUCUCGAUCGAGAGCUCCUUCCGUCAUAGAUGAUGAAACAGAUGCUGGAUUGAAAGGAAAACAAUCAAUUUUCACCAAGCUGAAAGCUUUAGCUUCGCCCUCGUUCACCUCCCACUCUCGCUCGGCGAGUGGAGCAACUCUCAGCGAGUUGAGGCACACCAACACCGAUCUGGCAACCCCAGGUUCGGAGAGAGGUGGCUUUCGCUUUCCAGACACUCUGGAGGAAGAGGGAAGUGAUGCCGAUGCCGAUGCCGAAGAAAGCGCGGGAGAACAACGUGCCCCUCCCCGGAGGAAGAAGAAAUUCACGCGACGGCAACAGGAGCCUGAUUCUGCCCCUCAGACCGAACCGAACACGCCAAGAACAGCGAGGCGGCCCUCGUUCCAUCUAACGGCCUCGUUUGCGCCCUUCGAAAACUAUCGCGCCAAUUUCUUUCCCCGCAGAGUAAGCACUGGGGACUUUUCUCAACAGCGGGAGGGUGUAUCGGAGGAUGAAGGUCGAGACCGUCUAAACCGAGACGCCUGGAGACGAAGAAGCGCAUGGCUUAAUGCGCGCGGACUUUCGUACAGCGGGCGGCAGCAGGAGACUCAGCCAGGUCAGGAUGAGAGACGGCCAAGCAAUUUCAGACGUUUGACGGGGCUGGCUGGCCCGUCGGAUAAUCCAGAUGGAACUGCACCACCUUGGAGACGGCACAGAGCUGAUCGCGGCUCCAGUUUAAGCGCUCAGAAAUGGCGACAGAUCAAGGCCGGGCUGAAGCUCAUCGGACAGCGUCGCAAAGCAGAGAAUACUGUUGAUUAUGCGAAGUCCGCCGAACUGCUGGCUGAAUUAACUUCAGGGGUGCCGGCCGCCUUGAUUCUGGCCAGCAUGUUCCAGCGUGAUGAACAUGGUAGUAAACGGAUUCCGAUCCUUCUGGAGCAGCUCAAGGUUCGGGUUACCGACAGCAAAAUCGACGCGAAUUCCGGUGACCGACAUCUUGUCUUCAGGAUCGAACUGGAAUACGGCAGUGGAAUGACACGGAUGAAAUGGAUCAUCCACCGCACCCUUCGCGACUUUGCCAACCUGCAUUUGAAGUACAAGCUUCAUUUCGGAACCCAGAAAUAUAUCCAACUGCGGACUACCGAGGGUGCACAGAACCUUCCUCGCUUCCCACGCAGCGCUUUUCCAUAUCUCCGGGGUGUUCGGGGUCUGGAGAGUGACAUGGAGGACGAGGAGGACGAAGGUGGCUAUGAGACUGCCGCAGAAGCAACUAGCGGCAAUGAGAGAGCAGGUAGAAGGAGGCAUCCGCACGGACAGCGCCGGCUCUCAGGUGGCAUAUCCCGGAGACAAUCAAGUAUUACCAACACAGAGGGCGAGACCACCGCUGGGCCUGCGGAAGCCGGUCCGGCGACGAAGAGAGAGCCUUACCCUGAAAGACAGCGGAAAAAGCUUGAAGCUUACUUGCAGAAGAUGAUCCGGUUCCUGAUAUUCAAGGCCGACAGCAAUCGCCUGUGCAAAUUUCUCGAACUCUCUGCACUGGGCGUUCGUCUUGCGGCUGAAGGCAGCUAUCACGGUAAAGAAGGGUAUUUGAUAAUCCAGUCAUCUAAAGGUCUUGAUUUCCGAAGAGCCUUGACCCCAGCCAUGGUCAAGAAGCGACAUUCGCCGAAAUGGUUCCUUGUCAGGCACAGCUACCUCGUUUGCGUUGACUCCCCCGAGGAGAUGCAUAUUUACGAUGUUUUCUUGGUGGACCCCUUUUUCAAACUCCAAACCCAGAAGAUCAGUUUACGGAAUCAAAAAGCGAAGGACCUCGCAAAAUCAGCCACAGAGUCUGCAAGGCAUCCCCAGCAUCACACACUAAGAUUGGAGAACUCGGAGCGAAAACUCAGACUCCUGGCCAGGAACGAGCGUCAGCUCCAUCAGUUCGAGGAUUCUUUAAGGUUCAUGGUCACUAAUACGCCGUGGGCGAAGCCAAAUAGGUUUGACAGCUUUGCCCCGGUGCGCCAGAAUUGUUUUGCACAGUGGUUGGUUGAUGCGCGAGACCAUAUGUGGAUGGUGUCACGAGCGAUCAAUCAAGCAAAAGAUGUCAUCUAUAUCCACGAUUGGUGGCUUAGCCCCGAGCUCUACCUGCGGCGACCAGCAGCCAUCAGCCAAAAAUGGCGAUUAGAUCGACUUCUUCAACAGAAGGCCCGUGAAGGAGUCAAGAUCUUCGUGAUCAUGUACCGAAACAUCAAUUCCGCUAUCCCCAUCGAUUCGGAAUACUCCAAAUUUUCCCUGCUUGACCUUCAUCCCAACGUCUUCGUCCAAAGAUCCCCGAAUCAGUUCCGACAGAAUACCUUCUUUUGGGCACACCAUGAGAAGCUAUGCCUUAUCGACCAUACCGUGGCCUUCGUGGGAGGUAUUGAUCUGUGCUUCGGACGAUGGGACACUCCGCAACAUCUUCUCACCGAUGACAAGCCGACUGGGUUCGAGACGCCGGAUGGGCCCAAGGAUGUAGACCAUUGUCAACUCUGGCCCGGCAAGGAUUACUCGAACCCCCGAAUUCAAGACUUCUACGACCUGGACAAACCAUACGAGGAGAUGUACGAUCGCAAUGUGAUUCCUAGAAUGCCUUGGCAUGACAUCUCGAUGCACGUAGUUGGUCAACCAGCCCGAGAUCUCACACGCCAUUUUGUGCAGCGGUGGAAUUACAUCUUGCGGCAGCGAAAGCCAACCAGGCCGACGCCUUUUCUUUUACCUCCACUUGACUUUGACCCUGCCGACCUGGAAGCUCUUGGUCUAGAUGGAACUUGCGAGGUACAAAUCUUGCGUUCGAGCAGCAUGUGGUCGACAGGUACGCCCGAUGUCACCGAGCAUAGCAUCAUGAACGCAUAUGUCAAGAUGAUUGAAGAGUCUGAGCACUUCGUCUACAUCGAGAACCAGUUCUUCAUCAGCACUUGCGAGAUAGAUGGCAGGAAGAUUGAAAAUCUGAUCAGAGAUGCGUUGGUAGAACGCAUUAUCCGGGCUUCGAAGAAUCAAGAAGCCUGGCGUGCUGUCAUCGUCAUCCCACUGAUACCAGGUUUCCAGAAUACUGUGGACAGCGAGGGUGGAACUAGUGUUCGUCUUAUCAUGCAAUGUCAGUAUCGCAGCAUUUGCCGCGGGGAGACUUCGAUUUUCGGGAGAUUACGUGCCUUGGGCAUUGAACCUGAAGAUUACAUCCAAUUCUUCAGUCUUCGAGCCUGGGGCAAGAUCGGACCACAAAAGCAGCUUGUCACUGAGCAGCUCUACAUUCACGCGAAGUGUAUGGUUGUGGACGAUCGAGCAGCAAUCAUUGGGUCUGCGAAUAUCAACGAAAGAUCCAUGUUGGGUUCGCGCGACUCCGAGGUAGCUGCCAUUGUGCGUGAUACGGACAUGAUCUGGUCCACUAUGAACGGCCGCCCUUACCUUGUCGGGCGUUUCCCACACACCCUUCGUAUGCGGCUGAUGAGAGAGCAUCUCGGAAUUGAUGUUGAUGAGCUGAUGGAACACUCGCUCGCGACGGAAGAAGAGUUGCGCAAGAUUCAGAUCGCCGAAGAAGACCCGCGAUCUCCAGGGUCCCAUGACAAAGUUGACUCCGAGUCUCUGAUGCUAGAGAGACAGGAUGAGAGGGACAUGAUUGAGCGUAGGCACCGGGUUCAGGACGAGUUUCUCUCGCGGUCGGAAGAUCUGCACAGUUUCAAUCAUGACGUGGACUGGGAACAGGGCAACAACCCGAAUCUCAAGUCGAACAGGAAGCUCACCGCGGACCCAAGAGUGACCUCGAACCCGGAACACAAGAAAGACGUUGACGGGCUUGGGCCAGACCACUUUGUUGCCGCCUUGGAGGCUGGAAUAGCGGACGGUCGUGAUUCACAAAUACUGGACGCUCGCACCGAGGUCCUAGUUUCAUCUAUUGCGAGCGAGGGAAAGGGCACAAUCCAACAUCCCAAGCCCGCCUCGCCACAAAACACCCAUUUGAGCAGUCCAUCUGACCAAGAGAAAAGUCAGGAGUCUCCCUCUCCUGCAUCCCGUGACGCAGAGUCGGCUCCAGUAGUGGAAGGGUUGGCAGCUGCCCGUCACCCGGCUAUGACUGGGCAUGAAGCUGAAGGUGACAACAGCGGCACCGUUCCCCCCUCCUCGGACCAAAACGAUCCGGCGAAAUAUCCGCACCCGCUGAUUCCCGAUCUGAAACACAUUUUCAUCGACAAAGAUUGCAUGAGAGAUCCGGUGAUUGAUAUCUUCUACCUGGAUACCUGGCACGCGGUUGCGGAGAAGAAUACCAAGAUUUACCGGACAGUUUUCCGCUGUAUGCCUGAUAGCGAAGUCAAGUCCUGGAAGGAAUACAAGGAGUAUGCUAGUUACGGGGAACGUUUCUCGGAGAUGCAGAGUCAGAACAGCGUGAAGAUCUCUCAUCCCAGUCAGCAGAAACCCACGGGACCACCAGGGACAACCACCACGGCCGGCACAGGCAUUAAUAGGCUUGUACCACAUUCGGGGUCAAACAGCGAAACGCACACGCACCACAAGGGAGCGCAAGGUUCCGAUGAGAAGAGCGAGCCUCGCGCAGCCGAAGCCGGGCGCGAUGGGGCUGACCGAGGACAGGCCGACCUUGCGAAACAAGAAACUCUAUCAUCCAUCGAUGAGAAGACCGCUUUGAAGGUCGGUGAUACUGCAGGGCAGGGUGGCACCCCGAAUGGGCGCAGCGAAGAAUCGGGCCCCAUAAAGGAGGCAGUCGAGCCGCAGCCCACGGAACCGCAGGCUGUAGACUAUUCGGAAGCUCUGAAUCGGAAUGCGACAAACCUGAACCGACGCCGCAGAAGACGCGCGACCACAAUCUCAAAGCGCGAAUUCCACGCAUCCGACGACGUGAUGGACAAACAGCAAGCGGAAGAGUUGCUGAAUAAGAUCCAGGGACAUCUUAUUUUGUGGCCUUAUGACUGGCUUGAGAAGGAAGAGCAGGGUGGCAACUGGCUCUACACGCUUGAUCAGAUCUCCCCGUUGGAAAUCUAG